CAUAGGUGGCGCAUAGCAUAAACUUCAACAUUCAUCAGUUGAUUUAGUAUAGAUAGAUGCUAUCAGUUUUUAUUUGUUUUAUAGACUUUUAAAUUAUUUUCAGUCAUUCGUAAAUUUUAUAAUCGAAGAUUAUGGUCAUUGGUAAAUUGUAAUAUUAAAGUGCCUUUUUUAGAAAGUCUUAACAUAAAAAUAUCAGAAGCAAUGAGUACUUUAGGAACACAAUUAGAUGCGAGUGAAGUUUUGGCAGCUGCAUUAGAACAGAUGGAUGGCAUUAUUGCAGGAACCAAAUUAGAAUUCCAUGAUGGUGUAAAUGAUAAUCACUCUUGUACAUUCCGAACAAAACUGCACGAAAAUCAUUCCAGAACAGUCAAUAAUUUGCUUAAGGAGUUGCGAGAUGCUGUCGAAAUUUAUAUGGGAAAUGAUGCUAAUGACAAUAGAGCUAUGAAAGAAGAAAUUGAUCCAGACACCAGAUAUUUCUUAUUACGCUGGCUACAACAUUCACUACCUCCUGAAUAUACAAAACAGCAACGCGGUACAGGGGCGAUAUGCCGAAGGGGAUGACAUUACAAGAAAAUGACCUCAAUUUAGGUGUUAGUAACGUGAAUAAAACCCGGAAAACUCCACAUGGCCACUCCACGCUGGCAGUUGGUCGUUGGUUCAAUCCUCGGAAUUUUAUAUUAACUUUUAUCUAAAAUAAUUCAAAUGUUUUGACGAGUUUGUGUUAUGUACUGUACAGUACAUUGAGAAAUAAAGAUAAAAAAUUAUUAAUUUUUCUAUUAAAAAGUAUUUUUUAAAAAGCUGUUGUAGAAGAUUAGCUGCUUAUUUUCUGUUGGAUAUCAUAAGUUUUAUUACUUUCCUGGCUGUUAUAUAUAACAGAGGGAAAGUAUGGCAAUCGAUCAAAAAUGACCCACCCCAAGAUUUUUAUAUUUUUGAACUCGGGACACAUUGAAACGUCGAUAAAUGCAAAAUUAUCUGAGGGAAUUUCUGUAUGUAUCCACGUUAACUUAAUGUGUGGGGGGCACGAUUUUGUUCACCCCUGAAGCUUAAUAACUCCUGUGCUUUUUGUCGAAAAUUUCUGAAAUUUCGCAUGGAAGUUUAUGAGGGGGAUUGAUACUAUUAAAUUUUGGCGAUUAAAGAUCGAGGCGGUGAGGAGAUAAUGGGGGUCGUGUUUAUCUCCAGUAGGAUCGGACUUAAUGACGAUUUUACUCGUUGUUAUCAUUUACAAUUUUUUUUUAUAAAACUCAUCCCUACCCUGAAAAUUAAGGUUUUUGCCGUUUUACAAUAGUU